AUGAUAAAAUGUGUAAGGGGCAGAAAUGAAAGGAGGGGCCUUUUUUUCUGGUGUCAUAAGAGAAGCGUGUUUGUGCCAAGUGAGAGGGAUGUAGCAAAAUUAUCAGCGAAGAGCCUAGGCAAUUACGCAUUUGACAUAUUAAGAAUAUCGAACGAAAAUAAAGCCAUGUACGAAAUGUUUAAAAAGAGGAUUAAUGAUGAAAUAGGUUCAUUUGACGCAAAGGACUGUUAUAGGGUGUUAAAAUCUUUGGAAAUAAACAACAAGCUGAAUGAAGAAGAAAAUAUGGUAAAAAACGUUUUGCACCAGAUAUCUGUACAGACAUGCAAAUAUUCAAUGAAAGAGAUAUGUGACAUUUCCUUUUUAUGUUCCAAGUUAAAUCUGGUGUAUAUUCCCCUGUAUGCAUCGUUAUCCAUUUCGUUUUUGAACAAAAUCAACUUGGCAACUCCUGAGAAUUUAUCUAUUUUAAGUUUAAGUUUUUGUAAAGUGCAUAUAAGAGAUGUAAAUCUGUUUAACCGAAUAGCCAUUGCAACUUUGAAUUUGCUACACUUGUUUGACGUGGAGAAUUUGAUCAAUGUGUUGAUUUCGCUCGCCUAUUUGGACAUUAAAAAAGACAUGCUAUUGUACUCCUCUGUGGAGAUUUUUGUAAAAAAUCAGAACAAGUUGAAUGGUGAGCAGUUGGUAAAAAUUGCACAUGUGUAUUCCAAGUUUGACUUUGUAAAUAAAGACAUAAACUCCCUUCUUGUGGAGAGAAUUCCCACGUUCGUUCCGCACUUAAACAAUGUGCAGCUGGCCGAGUUCAUAAUUUCGUUAAACAGGCUAGGAGUUCACUCGCACGUUACUGAUAAAUUUGUUACGAAUGUGAACUUGUCCCAUUUAGCAUUUCCCGUUGCUAUAAAAGUGAUCAAAAUAUUAUCCUGUGUGAAUUGCGUAAACCAUGUCAACGUCGAGUUUAAGUACGACCAAAUUUUGUCCUGUGUGCAAAAUUUUUUGUUUAUUCAUGGUAGGGGAAAUCACCUGAACGGUAAGGUAAAUUUUGACAUUUUUCAGGAUGCGAAAGAAGCUCCCCAAUUAUCGAGCGACGGGACGAGUGAUGGGACGAAUGUUUUGCUCUCUGAUAUGGUUAGUAAUAAAAUGGCAGAACAGGGCACAGAGAGUGGCACGCCACCGGGAGAUGACGAAUGGGGAGAUCCGUUUCAACUAGGCCACCUUACGACUGAGUACAGUCCCAUUCAUGAUGUGCAGAGCAGUUCCCAAUUUUACAUCCCUAUUUUGGAGCGGACUUUAAACAAACCAAACACAUGCGGAAGCGAAAUGAAGAACCGAAUUUUUUCAGAAGAAGAACUAAACCAGCAUUAUCUGCGAUACAAUUUGAAGGAGAAACUAAAUCCCAAUUCGGUGUGCCACUUGAAUGUAGACCUAUUUGAAUGUCUGGUGAAUCUUCUUCUACAGAAUUGUGUAAGUGAGUAUGAAGACAAGUUGAAAUAUUUUUUAAAUUGCAUAAGUCGAGAAAUUAUUCUUUUAAAGGAAUACUUAAAUUUCAAUUGUUUAGUAAAAAUUUUUUCCGCUUUAUUUAAAACUCCAAUCAUAUGGAACUUGUCACUUUUAAAUUGCAGUUCCGUCAAUUCUGCGAAUGGGAGAAAGAAGUGCCUAUUUUAUAUCAAUGAGGAUACGGAUUUUUGUGAACAAUUAUUGCAGCGCUAUUUUUGUAUUUUCCACUCCUCUGAGAAUGUGGAUAAUCACAGUUUGGUGCUGUGCUUUAUUUUGAAUUUAUUGAAUGCUGAGUUGAAGCGUGUGCAUAACUUGUCAAUCCAAAAAUGCUUAGAGCAUUAUGCCUUGAUAAGGAUAAGGAGUAAAGAUGAACAGGUGGGCUACCUCAUAGAGGACCAAAGUGUUUAUAAUUUUGUGGAGUACUUUUACAAGGGUAUCACCCUGUGGGGGAAAAGCAGACACCUUUUCGAUUCAGCCGCCGAGGAAGAACCAGCUCCACCAGAGGAUAACUCCCCUAUGGUGUAUACAUUCCCUUACGCCAUGAAGGAGCGUGUGCCAAAUAAAAUUCUGACAUUAGAAUUAUUUGGAAUUGUUCAGAAUUUUACAAAAAAUGUGAAGAUGUACUUUAAGGAGGAUGUGUACACAAUAUCGCUGUUGGAGCUUGACAACUAUGUGGCUUACUUGUUUCUGGAGCCGCAGGAUUUUUUCUACUCCCUGGGGCAAGGCACCGAGUUGGACUUCUUAAGGGGAAUGAGUGUGCGCAAUGAACUGAGGGAGGAGGAGGUACAUGAUUCCGCUGGAUCUUCUGACGUGAGAAACGCAGCGGUGGUAGGUUCCUACCCAAGUGGACUGCCAGAAACGCAGGAAAAGGACGAUACCCCUCAAGGAAGAAAUGUGAAGACAGAGAAAAAACAGCUCCUUCUAAUUUGCGACAUGUCGUACAAUCCAUAUGAAAUUUUUCAGAACAAUAAUUAUUUCGUUAAGUCGGAGACAUUAGUAAAAAUAAAUUAUUUGCUGAUAAAGGGGUACAGCAUAAUUGUUAUUCCGUUUUAUUCCUGGAGGUGUAUGAGUUACGAGGAGAAGAUGGACUCCAUUAGGACGCUUCGGCAGAACGUCCUGGACGGGCAGGGUUGA